UCACAACAGUAGAUGAGAGCGAAAUACCUGAGAAAUGGCGAGCUGCAUCCCUCAGCAAAAUAGACCUUCCUCCACCUGAUCAACGGAUACAGCUACCAGGAUGUUAUUAUCGUGAUUCAGACUACUGCUUCUUAGAUGAUAUGACUGAGGGGGACUAUGUUGAUCUAUCUCAAAUACCCGAGCGCUAUACUGGUUAUUCAGGUCCUUCGGCACACCGCGUAUGGAAGUCAAUCUAUGAAGAAAACUGCUUUGGUUUGUCGGAACUGAACCUCAUGACAGGCCAAUCUCCAUCCCUUGUCACGCUUCCUGACACCAUGUCAGACGUUUUAAGGGAAGACACAGCUGCUGAGGACGAAAGUACGGGAGCGUGCCUCGAGAAGCGAGUUUACUAUAAAAUCGUGUCCGGUUUACAUGCAUCCAUUUCAACGCAUAUAUGCCGUGAAUAUCUUAAUCAAACCACUGGAGAAAUGAGUCCAAACCUGGAAUGCUUUGUU